UCUGGGUUGUGGGAUGCUCGGGCUCUCUGAGCCCUCGCGUCGGAGUCACCACCAUUACAUCAUCUAUUCCCACAAAGCCCAGCGCCAAAUGAGAGCGUUUUUAAUAUUUAACCGGGAUCCCGAUCGUUCGGACGGAGCGGCAUCUCUUCGCCGUGGGGACUGUUAAAAAAAACCAACAACAACAACACAGCAGCACUGUCUGCGGGGAUGAUGGCGUUUCAAUGAACAGGGAGGAGAGGAGGGGGAGAGGAGGAGAGACGUGCACCGUCAUCAGCAUCUGUCCGCCAGCUCCCUUUGUGUUCACCGGAGAAUGUGAAUGGCGAAAGAUGACAUGGCAGAGGUAGAUUUGGCAUCAAACGGAGCGGAACCCCCCGGCGAGGCCUCCUCGGCGUUUCCCUACGAGGAGUACGAGUGCAAAAUCUGCUACAAUUACUUCGACCUUGACCGCCGGGCGCCCAAGAUCCUGGAGUGCCUGCACACGUUUUGCGAGGAGUGCCUGAACACGCUUCACCUCCGGGAGGAGCGGCCAUGGCGCAUCAGCUGCCCCGUCUGUCGCCACCGGACCCCGGUGCCGGAUUAUCGGAUACAAAACCUGCCCAACAACACCAAGGUGACGGAGGAUUUUCCGCUCUACAUCGACUCGGACCCCCUGCCUCAGGACGCUUUGCCGCCGUACCCUCCGCCGCUGCACCCAGCCCUCGUCGCCCUCCGCCGGGAGGAGGCGUCGGGGACGUCCAGCGCCAGCCAGGCGACCCCGUCCACCACCGUGUCCACGGCCACGACCCUCUCCCAGGACUCGGUGCGCUACGACAGCUGUCAGAGCUGCAAGAGGGUGGCGCUGACGACCGGCUGCGUCUGCGUGAUCUUCUCCUUUCUGUCCAUGCUGGUGCUGCUGUUCAUGGGCCUGAUCUUUGUGCACAGUCACAGCAUUCCUCCCUCGCCGGCGGGACCCAUUUGCCUGUCGGUCGCCAGCAUUCUGGCCAUGUUCUCGGUGGUCGUCACAUGGCUCAUCUGCUGGCUCAAAUACAGACCGGAUCAUGAGACGGGCCGCGCAUCCGCCACCAGUAACUCCCGGAGAAACGCCUGACAGGCUGCCGGCGCUGACUGUUGAUGGAGAUGUUGUACUGUGGCCGUGCGAUCAUGUACAUAAUACUGGCUACUCCUGCUCCCUUUACUUUUUUUCUAAGAAUCAAUCUCGUCCAGAAUGGCCUUUUAUCAGUACAGCAAACACCCAAAGGCCUUCAUGUUGUUUGGAGCAAUAGGCCGACAUGAUCCUUGAUAAUCUUUUUUCUCUUUCCUGAAGUUAAGUUAUGCACUUGAAUUUACAGUAGGCCCAGCUGACUGGGCAAGUUGACGAGUGAACAGUGUCCAGCACUUAGAGCGUGGUGUGGGUCCGAGCUGCGGUGGGUUUGAUGACUGAAUGUGAAGUGCUUACUCCCAGGGGGUCUGAUACCCUCCCCACCUGAUCCUGAUAAAUGAUAUGCAUAUGCCACUAUGCCACUCACUGUAUGAUAACUGUCCAUGGCGAGUCACUCUUAUAUCUCAACAAAAGCACUAUUGUAUUGUACAGAUACUUGACAUUGGUCACUUCUGAGUUCCCUGGUGAUGGAUUGAGGUUUUUUUUUUUAAAUUUUUUUAUGGGGGCCUGUAUGUAUAUGUGAGAAGCCUCUAAAAUGUCAUUCCGUUGCAGAGAACUCAUAUUCAUGAUCCAAACUGUAAAUAGUCGGCAGAGGAGCGGUGAGUGGUACUGGAUAGGUGUGAUCGGCCUGUUUUGAAGACCUUUCCCUGAUCUCUGGGCUUUAACUAACCCCGACAGGAUGGCACUGUUUCCUUUCUCACAGUGAAAACUGCACAGGUUUCUCAAAGGGAGUCCAAGAGAUGGCUUGUGAUUUUUGAUCCCUGCAUUUGGCUAAUAUUUUUUUUGUGUGUGCAUGUAAGCUCCCCAAAGGUCAGGGCUUUUAGAUUGAACUUUUCUUUUUCUUUUUUUUUUUUUCUUUUUUAAAUGGAAGGGACAUUGUGUCUCCUGACUCGUGUGCCUCACCUUGUUGCUGAAUGAAGCAAAACUUCACUUGCAAUCAUGAUCAGACUCGUGCACAGGGCCGCCCGCCGCAGACAGCGUCCAGCUGGGGAGCCGGCAGGGAUUUCCUCUUUCUGUCACAUCACUCACACAUCGGAAGUUGAAGACAGGGUUUCCAACACGGAGCUGCCUCCCACAUUGGCACCUUCUUUUUUUUUCUCUUCUUCUUCUUCUUCUUUCUUUUAUUUGUGAAAAAUGCGGGUCUUUGCAUCUGGCUUUGAAAGAGAGGUCAGAAAAGAUUGAGUGUGUUAAACAGGUACAAUCCAGGUUAGAUUCCACCCUCAGCUGCUUCCAUGUUCAAGUUUGCUCCCCGUCGGCCUUCAGAGCCACAUGUGAGAGUCUUUAAGCGUCUGUAUCUUGGUCAGGUCAGUCGUGGCGAACGACUUGAAGAGGGUAAGAUUUGGCGUCGCUCUGGUUCCUCUGAGAUUGUCAGGAGUCGUAAUUACCUCUGGAAACUUCAGGAGCCUGGGAGCUGUGUGGCUGAGAUUAGAAGGAGGCAUACAGAAGGCAUAUAAGCAUUUCAGUGCCUGCACUAACACAAUGCAAAUGUUUUAUUUUCCUCAACUAAAACUUGAUAGAAUUGGAUUUACAUGGGCCUUUUUCCUCCCUCAGAAACACAUUGUAUCAGAACAGAAGCACUGAGCUAACUUUUCAGUGAAAUCAGCUACAGUGGUAUCAAAAAAUGCUAACUACUUCUUCUGAAUAUUACUGUGAACCGUUGGUAAAUUCUGUGUACGUGAUUGUUGCUACGAUUAUUUAUUUAUAAUUCUUCGAUAUGGCAACAAAAAAAAGAAGUGCUACCUUUAUUUGUGGUUGCGGUGUUACGACCCUCAUGUUGACAAAUGUGUGGCGGUCCAUGAAGCAUGUGUAUUGCACUCCUGUGAUAACGCUCUGACUCCCCGAACUUUACCGACAGCGUUUAGUGUGGAAUCGGGAGACGAUUCAGACGCCCAAGCGGUUCAAUCAAAGCACUUAUUGCCCCCUCGCUCGCUCAUGGUGUCCCCACCUCACUGCACGGGGGACACACGGAGCAGAAAACAACAAAAGAUGGUCCAACAUGAUUCUUAAACCUCCUCCCCUAUCUGAUCCCCAUGCUUGCAUCAAUCAUCCUGCUCACCCCCCCCCCCCCCAAAUCUGUCAGAUGAUGCACUUUCAACCUCUUAUUUGACACAAGUUAACGGGGGCUACCUUUGACAAAUGUAAGCAUAUUGUAUUUAUUUCAGAGGACCUAGAAAAAUUUUGUCGGUUUUUAUGGGAACCCGUGGUUGUCGUUGAAGUACCAAAUGUAUUUGCACAGAGAAAAUGUUCCUUACGUGCUGUUUUACAUACAUAAACACAUUUCAGUAAUAAAGGAAAACAUGACUACCCA